AAUAAUUUAUUAAUGACCCAGUCCUGCGCGUUAGUGUCGUUUUGGCACGGCGAAUUAGGUUUUUUAUUUUUUUCCGUUUACUCACACUCGUUGCGGUCACCAUCAUCGUUAACAGAAUACAGAAGAUAAUAAUAAUAUGUAUUUAUAUACAUAUAUAUAUAUAUGUAUUAUAUUAUACGUGACACUCGAUAAUAUACAUAAUAUGUAUCCUCUGGUUCUAAAUAUAACAUUCGUAUUCUCCCACUUGUGCGCUCCGGCAUCACAGAAAAGGCCGUCAUGGUGACAAAACGAAAAACGAGAAUGAAAAAAAAAAAAACAUCAAAUCUUAAAAAACUGUAACGUUUCGUCAGUCGCUCUCGCAGUGUGUCCGUCGGACAAAUGGACCAUCAUCGUCGCCUCGACGCCGCCGCCGCGCAAGUCGCACUACAGGUGCUCCUUCUGUUGUCAUCGCCGGCCACCGUCGUCCGAGUCCUGUGCGGCCGUCCCGUGUGGCUGACCGACGGCGAUACGCUGUACUUGAGAUGGCAGAGCGGGCUGGGCCCGUUGGACCGCUGCUCCGUGGUGCUGCCCAACGGCACGGAGACUACCCUGUCCGACGCGGCCGCCACCGACACCUCUGCUAAUAUCACGUACGUGGGCGACGGUUACCAGUCCGGUCAAUGCGGUCUCAGGGCCGUGAGUGUGACGCCCGGCGCCGGCGAUUGGACGCUGACGGCGUCGUCGGCGGACGGACGACACGGCCGGGACACGAGUCACGUCACAUGCAUAGCGAAGCAAUGGCCCAAGUCGAGCACGAUCCGCGUGCCCGUUGGUACAGCGGUGAACGUCACGUGCGGACCACCGAAAGCUUUCUACUGCCGCAUGUCAGGCCCGUCCGGCGAAGUGUCCAGGCACAAGGGCCAGUGUUGGGUGCACGUCAAGUCGGUCGGAUCGCAUCACCAGGACGUGUGGACCUGUUGGUCGGUCACAGCCGAGUCAGCGGCCGAAGUUCAGUACACCGUCCGCCUGCACGCUUACCGAGAGGGCGCAGUAAUGGAAGUCGGAUGCGACGAAACGCCGACCGAGGUGCGAGUGUUCUGCAACGUCCGCAACGGUACCGCCACUGCAGACGGCGACGACGGAAACACUCACUUCCGGUCAAAAUACUGCCGACUUACGUUACCGCGAGACGCAAAGAUCUUGUCACUGGCGUAUGGGAGAGGCACUGCCCGGUACUCGUACCACGGCGCCACGUACCACGAUUGCGGAGUGUCAUUCGCAAAACCACUGAGAAGGUCCGAGAUCGGCCGAUGGAAGUGCAUGAACGCCAUGUCCGACGAUCGCGUUUAUGGUGGGUUCGUCGUCGUCAUGCCACCAAACAACACGAAAGGUAUAACUAAAGGUAUACCGCCGCUCACGGUGACAGCCGGAAGUUCUGUGAUGGUGCCCAAAGGCAACACUUUUCAUGUGGAGUGCAGUGUGCAUUCAGAGAUCGACUAUUGCUGGUUGCGGCACCCGAACGGCACUGCUAUCCCGGUCACUGUUCCGGACAGCACCGAGGCCGGCGACUGGAAGAGGGUCGGGACUCGGUACCGGUACACGGGCGAAGGAUUGUCGUUCGGCCAAUGUCACGUGGCCAUCGACGACGCGUCCACGUUGGACACGGGUGCCUGGCUUUGCGCCUUGGGCCUGCGGGACGACCGCCGUGAAAUGUACGGAACGGUGGACGUCACGGUUUCCGAGUCAGUGAUCGCGGCACGCCAGGAAGAAUUGUACGCGACCGAGGGCACCCGGGUAACCCUGGGAUGCGACACAGUCGAGAAGCAGCCCAUAGCCUACUGCCGGUUUCUCACGCCACGUCUUCUCGGAUUCGCCGUGGACGAGAAAUCGGAUGCGCGGCCACCGCCCAGGUACGCCUACUCUGGCCAAGGACUGACGGCCGGCCACUGCGGUUUGUCUGUCGACCGCGUUGAUGAUUCCGACUACGGAAACUGGACGUGCGCUGUGAAAAUCCUGGACUCUUCCGGAUCCGAAGAAGUCAGCACGACCGUCCUGUUGCGGAAACCCGAAGGGUUUACGAUGAUCCAGAUCAUCGGCAUCGUGUUAUGCGGCACUAUGAUAUCCAUCAUGUCGCUGUUCUUUGCCAAUCAUCUCAUCACCAACCCGUCAGCAAAGACGACGAAAAAAAUCGAGAAAUUAGAAAUGCAGCUCGAAGCGGGCGAACAAGGUGCAAGUCGCGGCAGAGUCGGCGCCAAACGCGCGCAGAAUAGCACGCGAGUGAUCAGGACUCAGCCGAGUCGAAGCAAACACGGGUCCAUCCCUCGGAGAAUUUGACCACAGCACUCGAUUAUUUUGUAAUUCAUACAAAAUUUUUCGAAUAUCCAUAAGGCGAGAUUUUUGCUGCAGCCUUCCACGCGCGAAAUGUUUCGACUCCACUCAAUAGGUGUACAUUAUAAUUAAUAAAUGUCUAUUGAUACAUUCACAAUAAUGGUGAAUAAUAAGGAACAACAAUAAACUGACUUCUGCAGAUCAUAU